AUGAGAAGUAAAUUUUAUGCUCCGAACACCACUUAUGCUUUGUCCUACAAUUCUGAUUACAUGAACUACUUGCAACAAGAGAAAGGUUGGACUAUAAAGAAAAUAGCCAAUUAUUUUGAAGCAAGCGAACGAACUAUUUAUCGGCGGAUUAAAAGUGAUAAACAAAAAGUAGGAAGAAAACUUAAACUGGAUGGCGAGGCAUUAGAAACUUUUCUUGCUUAUGCUGAUAGAGAACAUAAACAUACUCGUCAAGAACUAGCGGAUUAUGCCUCUCAUUUAACAGGACAGAAAAUAACUAGGUUUAUUAUUGGUCGAACUUUAAAAAAUCACCAGUUUACUCAUAAGAAGCUUUCUCCUCACUUUGCCGAACAAAAUAAAGCAAAAAUAGAAGAAUUUCAAGAAAGACUUUAUCCUUUACUUGACUUACCUAUUAUGGCUUUGGAUGAAAGUAGUUUUCCGCUAAAUAUGACUCCACGAUAUGGUUAUUCCAGAAAAGGAACUCGAGCCAAUUUCUAUAAGACAGGUAAGCGAGGUUUGAGUUAUACCCUAAUUCUUUGUAUUGCUAAUGUUAAAAAGUAUGGAGUAGUUCUUUAUCAAAUAGUUAAGGGCGGAGUUGAUGCUAGUGUUUUUCAUCACUUCCUUUCCCACGAAAAGAUUUCAAGUGAGGAUAAGAGUUAUCUCAUUUUAGAUAAUGCUAGUAUUCACCAUGCUGAUUGGGCUUGUAAGAAACUCGGUCUUACUUCAAUUAGGGAAUUAUUGGCUAGUAAAAAUAUUGAACCAUUUUACUUACCUCCUUACACACCAGAAAUGAACCCAGUUGAGUGUUGCUUUAAUUUUAUCAAAGGUCAAGUGAGAAGACAACAACCAAAAACUUAUGAAGAGUUAGAGUUAGCAAUUGAAAGUGCUUUAAAACCUCUUCAUGAGAAAGAUUUGACUGAUUGA